GGCUAGAGGCAAAGGGUGCUGUGGGUGAUUGGUUAGAAGGAGACGGUGCUGAAACCGAUGGUGGUGCUCGCCGUUGGUCAGGGGUACAAGCAAGGCCCUUGGCGCGGACGGCAGCCGACGAUGGAAACGGCCAGCGCUGAGGCGCGGAUGCUGCUGCCGUUCUCCUGCGAACACGGCCUCCUGUCCCGGCCCGACGGCUCGGCCAGCUUUACGCAAGGAGACACGACAGUUCUGGCUGCUGUGUAUGGACCAGCAGAGGUGAAAGUGAGCAAGGAGAUCUUUGACAAAGCCACACUGGAUGUCCUACUCAAGCCAAAAGUUGGAUUACCAGGUGUUGCAGAGAAGAGCAAGGAGCAGAUGAUUCGAAACACUUGUGAAGCCACCAUCCUGACUGCCCUGCACCCACGGUCCUCCAUCACAGUCGUACUGCAGGUCAUCCAUGACUCUGGAUCUUUGCUGUCGUGUUGCCUGAAUGCCACCUGCAUGGCACUGAUGGAUGCUGGGCUCCCGAUGAAAAGUGUCUUCUGCGGGAUUACGUGUGUGAUCGACUCGGACAGAAACAUCAUUCUGGACCCGACGACUGCGAUGGAGAAGGGUGCAGCAGCCAUUCUCACCUUCUCCAUCGACAGUGUUGAGAACCAAAUGCUCACGUUGUCUACAAAAGGAUCUUAUUCUGUUGAGGAGCUUCAGCAGUGUGUUGCAAUAUGCCAGAAGGCUUCAGAAAAGAUCUUUCAGUUCUACAGGGACUUGAUAAGCAGAAGGUAUUCAAAGCUAAAUGAAUAAAAAGGAAUGUGGAAUGGACCUUCCAGGUCGAGUCCUGUUGCACCAGAGGUGAGGUGCUUCUGGUUAAAAACAUGGUGCUUGCUUGGGCGGUGUUCUUGGACCCCUGCAGUUGGCUGAACUUGUGGAUAUGCUGCACAGUGCCUCAGAGACUUCAUCACAACUUUUGUCUUUCCCAGCAUUCUGGCUUUCUACAUGAGCUAUUGUCAAACACUGGCUGAAUAUGUCUAAUGAGAGUCAGGGAGAAGGAACACUUUUUAAAAAUAAAAUU